UGAGUUUCUUUUUCAAGAAGGAUAAAGCAAUACGUCUUCAUGGAGAAAUGGAAUCAGAGCUCAAGUGAUUUCAUUUUGUUAGGGUUGUUUCCACAAAACCAAACAGGCCUUCUGCUUUUGCUGCUCAUCAUCUCCAUAUUCUCUGUGGCCUUGCUUGGCAACUCAGCAAUGAUCCACCUCAUUCGUGUAGAUACCAGGCUCCACACCCCCAUGUACUUUCUCCUCAGUCAGCUCUCUCUCAUGGACCUGAUGGAUGUCUCUGCUACUGUUCCCAAGAUGGCGUUCAACUUCCUCUCUGGCCAGAAAAACAUCUCUUUCUUGGGUUGUGGAGUGCAAUCCUUUUUCUUCCUGACCAUGGCAGGUUCUGAGGGCUUGCUCCUGGCCUCCAUGGCCUAUGACCGUUUUGUGGCCAUCUGCCACCCUCUUCAUUAUCCUAUUCGCAUGAGCAAAAUGAUGUGCCUGAAGAUGAUCAUAGGAUCCUGGACACUGGGCUCAAUCAACUCUUUAGCCCAUACAGUCUAUGCUCUUCACAUCCCUUACUGCCAUUCUAGAUCCAUUAACCAUUUCUUCUGUGAUGUCCCUGCCAUGUUACCCCUGGCCUGUAUGGACACUUGGGUUUAUGAGUACAUGGUAUUUGUGAGCACAAGUGUGUUUCUUCUACUUCCUUUCCUUGGCAUCACAGCUUCCUAUGGACGUAUCCUUUUUGCUGUCUUCCAUAUGCGCUCAAAAGAGGGAAAGAAAAAGGCCUUCACCACAUGUUCAACUCACUUAACUGUGGUGACAUUUUACUAUGCACCUUUUGUCUACACUUACCUUCGUCCUAGAAGUCUCCGUUCCCCCUCAGAAGAUAAGACUCUGGCUGUCUUCUACACUAUCCUCACCCCCAUGCUCAACCCCAUCAUCUACAGCCUGAGGAAUAAGGAGGUCCUGGGGGCCAUGACAAGAGUCUUUGGGACAUUCUAUUCCACUAAACAUUGAUUAAUUCAUCUCUACUCAUAUUUCAGUU